GUUGGCAACAGUGCAAUAUCGCAUUUGUUUUGUUGGUGCAGUGUUGCAGUUUUUUGAGAAUGAAAUGCCAAAAUAACAUUGACAAUUGCAAUUCUUUAAAAAAUGUAUAAUUGUAGUUUAUUAUUACACAAAUCAAUAAUAAAGGCUUCGGCCUGUAAAUGGCAAGGCCACUGUAAGAGUAUCUAAUAAUAGGAGCUCAUUACCGAAUCAAAAAUGUUUGCUUACAACAAUAAAGUUCCAAAUUUGCGAUGGUUGUGACAAAAACUUCGGAGAACCGAUGGCUAAGAAGAUACAGAAUCUGUUUUUUUAUAGGCGUACUAAUUCUAUCCUUCCAAAUAUAUCUGGCCGUACGUUUCUUUCGGAUUAAUGUCGACAACGCGGACACCUCCGGCGAUUACAACUCGUUCCGUCUAUCAAAUUUUGAAAUAAACGACGUCGAAAACAGCGUAAAUUCCGCGAGACGAAGUAAGGAUAGCUUUUCAAUAGACGACGAGGACAUCAGUAAUAGCUUUCAAGCGAAACCGAAGCGCGAUACCGUAAUAAACAAGACGCAGAACAAGAAUCAGUUACAUCUCCGUCUGGAGGAGUUAGAUUUCGUUCCGGCAUGCAAGAUAACUACGAAAGAAGCAAUCUCGGCAAUACACAGAGCAAAAACGCAAAAAUGCAAGCAGACUAUAUCAAAUAUUACGUGCCUUAUUUCCGCCGACCUGCUAUACCCCAAGGAGUUGCCGAAUUACUGUCCGAAUGACGGUUUCGUCGCCGGCAAGUCUUUGGGCUGCUUUAAGGACGAGAAGAGUUUUCGAUUGCUCAACGGACACUACGGAAAUUACAAGAAUGCGAAUUCGCCCGAAUUUUGUAUGCACCUGUGCCUUCAGUCCGGAUUUCUCUACGCGGGAGUGCAGUACUCGUCUGAGUGUUUCUGUGGGAACGAGGAACCGUCGCCUACCUCCAGAUUGCCGGACUCCUCGUGCAACAUGAAGUGUCCGGCGGAUCCGCAUCUGGCGUGCGGAGGUUAUUACACCGUAAACGUCUACCAGACGGGAAUUGCGAAGUUCUCCCCGCAAGUGGCCGAGACGACGGUGUCGCCCAGCGUGAGGCCGGCGCGUAUUGUUUUUCUUUUGACACUGAACGGGAGGGCGUUACGGCAAGUGAGGCGACUAAUACGUAUUUUGUACCAUCGGGAUCAUUACUUUUACAUUCACGUUGACGUUCGCCAAGACUAUCUCUUUCGCGAACUUCUCAGCUUGGAAACACAAUUUCCCAACAUACGUCUGACGCGCAAGCGUUUCUGCACAAUUUGGGGAGGCGCCUCGCUUCUACAAAUGUUAUUGUCAUCGAUGCACGAGCUGUUAUUAUCACGUUGGGAGUGGGACUUCGUCAUUAAUCUCAGCGAAUCGGAUUACCCGGUCAAAACUGGGGACAAACUGGUGGAGUUCCUCACGGCGAAUAAGGGAAAGAAUUUCGUCAAAUCGCACGGUCGCGAGGUUCAAAGGUUCAUACAGAAGCAAGGGCUUGAUAAGACCUUCGUCGAGUGCGACACGCACAUGUGGCGGAUCGGCGAUAGAAAAUUGCCGUGGGGCAUACAAAUUGACGGCGGUAGCGACUGGAUCGCGUUAUCGCGCGAAUUCGUGACGUACGCCGCCAGUGAUGAACCGGACGAAUUGGUUAAGGGUUUACGGAUUGUCUUCAACUACACACUGCUGCCGGCCGAAUCGUUUUUCCACACCGUUUUGAAGAACUCCAAAUUCUGCAAUAGCUACAUUGAUAAUAAUUUGCACGUGACGAAUUGGAAGCGACGACUGGGCUGCAAGUGUCAAUACAAGCACAUAGUCGACUGGUGCGGAUGCAGCCCGAAUGACUUUCUACCAGAGGAUUGGCUGCGCAUACAGAACACUGAAACGCGCCAGAUAUUUUUUGCGCGAAAAUUUGAACCGGUGAUCAAUCAGGCGGUCGUCUUGCAACUGGAGCAGUGGCUGUACAACGUCAAUUUUAACAAAGACAUCCCUAACAUAAACUCAUACUGGCAGAGCGUCUACCAUCACCUAGAUCUAACUCCAUCACCCGAUGAUAGUCUGUUGACAGUGGCUCAAAGUAUCAUUCGCAUUAACUCUAAAUUAAUUUCCGAUAAAUGUAGGCUAAUUCCAGAGAAAAUUCUCGAAAUGACGUCGUUCCACGCCGACGACAUCUACCAGAAGACUCUCAUACUAUAUGUAGCUAAUGACACUGGUGCGGCUCAAAAAGUGACCGUCGAAACGAAUUUUAAAUAUAAGACCACGUUCGUACUAUUAAAAUCCUCGCCGUUUCUUCACAGACUCAAAUCGCUAACCGUGAGUACCGAGUACGAUCCCAAGGAGCAAACGUUCCGCAAUUUCGCGCACAUCAUGGGACCGUACUCCGAGCCGACGCUCGUCUUCGAAUUCAACUCCAGUCCCGAACUCGCCGCCAAAUCCACCAAUAUCACGUUCUUGUGGAUCGAUCCGGUCGGACGACUGGCAGACGUGCACGACGUUUCGAUCGACGACAACUACGCCCUCGGGCACAUCAAGCCGGCGCUCAAACAGCCGCUCCUCCCCGGCGCGUGGACGGUCAAGCUAAUUCACAAGCAGGUACUGGCCGAAAUGAAGUUUCUAAUUGCGCCGCUCGAAUUCUUUUCGGGAAACGUCGUGACGCAGAAACAGGUCGGCUUCGUUCACUCCGGCUCCGAGAUUAUAAAGGAAUUCGACGUCCAGUGGGGUCGGUUUCUGCCUAACGGUUUCGAUCGCGAGACUCUCCUCAGCAAGUCGAUCGCCGAUUCGAAACGGUUCGGCGCCGACUUGCGCGACUGGAUCGACUCGUUAGUUAAUAAAUUUUUUAGUAUAGGGAGUAGUUGCGCGAGUGAUCGGAGUACGGUGUGUACGAGGAGUUUCGACGAAUGCGGUAAGACUAACUGGAGCAGUUUUGCUCCCGAUCCUAAGAGCUCUCUAAACAAUCUUUAAAGGUUGGCGAUUUUUAUUUAUUUUUUUUAUACACAGUGGCGGCGCCUAGUGACCGAAAUCGAAAUGAGCCUGAUACUAAAACUAGUUUGUAAAUCGACCACACGAAGGUGCGUUUGGAAUUUUUUCAAAAUUGGCAGCUGAUUUCGAGUGAACAGGCAGAUUGCGACACUUUGUAUACCUAGGGACUUUAGUUGACUGAUCCACCUGUAUAAAUUUAAAGUCCAUGUUUUUACGGUAGCAGUAAUUAUUUUAUAUGGUAAAACUAUACUGCAUUCAUUACACAACAAGAUAGUAGAUGGCGCUGUCUUUGAAGAUAAGCGCACACAGGAAAAAUAUAAAAUGGCAUUAACAGCUAAUGGCAGUUUGACCGUUUAGUUGGCAACAGAAACAACCAACCACCCUACAAAAUUUUUAUUUUUCAGCUUAAUACUGACUUGUGUUUUAACCAAUCUUCACAGUAUAGGUCAAAACUUCCCUAUGCUUUCUUCCGCUACCUUCUUAAAAUGAAUAAAGUGUAGUGCGAUUUCCCUAAUUGCUUACCCCAUACCAUACAUCAAAGGUAGUCUUAGAGUGGAGUUAUUUUGUUAUCAGCUGGGCGUCUUCGUUUUAAUUCCCGACACUUUAGUCGACUGCUCAUAACAGAAUAAUUAAAUUCUAAAUACUUGUACUUAAUGUCGCAGUUUGUGGAGCCGCCUCUGUUUCGUCUUUCACCCAAAGCCAGAUAUCAUACGAAUUCCGUUAAUCUAAUUAACGUAUUUUAAGCAAUAUUCCCCU